GAUAUUGCACUUUUGCGCGUCUCUGGAGGCUCAGAAUCUGUAGUCCCACUUAAAAGACCAGUGACUGUCUUUUUUGGGGCUAAAGUGGAGUGAUUCCUAGGUUUUCUUGAGGAUGGGUGUGUGGGGGGACGCUGUGACACAGGUUCUGAUACCUGGGUGUGCUCUGGUGGGCAUUGGGUUUGCUCUGUUUCAGUGGUUUCUGGUGUCCAGAGUCAAGGUCUCUGAGGAUGCCAAUGGUUACCAUGACAACCUGAUUGACAAUGAAGAUCAGGAGGAGGGUGUUGAUCAACUUGAUGCGGUCAUCAAGUGCUCUGAGAUUCAGAAUGCCAUCGCUGUUGGUGCAACAUCUUUCCUAUUUACCGAGUACAAGUACCUCAGCAUCUUCAUGGGUGCAUUCGGCGUCAUCAUUUUCCUCUUCCUCGGUUCAGUUAAGGGCUUCAGCACUGAAAGCGAACCUUGCACUUACAACCCUGGAAAUCUCUGCAAACCGGCUCUGGCCAAUGCCAUCUUUAGCACAGUGGCCUUCUUGCUCGGUGCUCUUACUUCUGUGCUCUCGGGCUUUCUAGGGAUGAAGAUCGCGACGUAUGCCAAUGCUAGGACAACUCUAGAGGCCAGGAAGGGUGUUGGGAAGGCGUUUAUUGCGGCCUUUCGAUCCGGCGCCGUGAUGGGCUUCCUUCUUGCUGCCAAUGGCCUUCUUGUUCUAUACGUGUCCAUCAAUCUGUUCAAGAUUUACUAUGGAGAUGACUGGGAGGGACUAUAUGAAUCUAUUACUGGUUAUGGACUCGGUGGUUCUUCAAUGGCGCUGUUUGGAAGAGUUGGCGGAGGUAUAUACACCAAAGCAGCUGAUGUUGGCGCAGACCUUGUUGGGAAAGUUGAGAAAAAUAUUCCUGAAGACGAUCCACGGAACCCGGCUGUAAUUGCAGACAAUGUGGGCGACAAUGUCGGGGACAUUGCAGGAAUGGGCUCUGACCUCUUUGGGUCUUAUGCCGAAUCAUCGUGUGCUGCGCUCUUUGUCGCGUCCAUCUCGUCCUUCGGCAUAAGCCACGACUUCUUAGCCAUGUCCUAUCCACUCAUCAUUAGCUCGGUCGGAAUCCUCGUCUGCUUGAUCACAACUCUAUUCGCGACAGAUCUUUCUGAAAUCAAGCUCGUGAGUGAAAUCGAACCGUCAUUGAAGCGCCAGCUUCUUAUCUCGACCGUCCUGAUGACUGCCGGCAUCGCCAUGGUCAGCUUCUUCGCUCUGCCAUCAGAAUUCACUUUGUACAAUUUCGGGACCGACAAGGUCGUAAAGAACUGGCACCUGUUCUUCUGCGUCGCGAUCGGCUUGUGGGCCGGACUUGUUAUCGGCUAUACCACGGAGUACUACACGAGCAAUGCUUACAGUCCGGUGCAGGACGUGGCGGAUUCGUGCAGGACUGGGGCCGCAACCAACGUGAUUUUCGGCUUGGCUCUGGGCUACAAAUCCGUCAUCAUCCCCAUAUUCGCCAUAGCGAUUGCUAUUUACGUGAGCUUCAGCUUGGCCGCCAUGUAUGGCAUCGCUAUGUCUGCGCUGGGGAUGCUGAGUACUAUAGCUACAGGUCUCGCAAUUGAUGCAUAUGGACCUAUCAGCGACAAUGCCGGCGGGAUCGCCGAAAUGGCCGGAAUGAGCCACAAAAUACGCGAGAGGACCGAUGCUUUGGAUGCCGCCGGAAACACCACUGCUGCCAUUGGCAAGGGUUUCGCUAUUGGAUCAGCGGCGCUCGUCUCUCUCGCCUUGUUCGGCGCCUUUGUGAGCAGGGCGGGCAUCUCGGCCGUCGACGUAUUGACCCCGAAGGUGUUCAUAGGCUUGAUCGUCGGCGCCAUGCUCCCAUACUGGUUUUCCGCCAUGACGAUGAAGAGCGUCGGGAGCGCGGCGCUGAAGAUGGUCGAGGAGGUGAGGCGGCAGUUCAACACCAUCCCGGGCCUCAUGGAGGGAACGGCCAAGCCCGACUACGCCAACUGCGUCAAGAUCUCGACCGACGCUUCGCUGAGGGAAAUGAUACCGCCCGGCGCCCUGGUCAUGCUCACCCCGCUGGUCGCCGGUACCUUAUUCGGAGUGGAAACUCUCGCUGGAGUUCUCGCCGGUUCGCUCGUCUCCGGCGUGCAGGUUGCCAUUUCAGCUUCUAACACAGGUGGGGCAUGGGACAAUGCAAAGAAGUACAUAGAGGCCGGCGCUUCCGAGCACGCCAGAACGCUGGGGCCGAAGGGCUCGGACGCUCACAAGGCUGCCGUCAUAGGCGACACGAUCGGGGACCCCCUCAAGGACACGUCCGGCCCUUCGCUCAACAUCCUCAUCAAGCUCAUGGCGGUCGAGUCGCUGGUGUUCGCCCCGUUCUUCGCCGCUCACGGGGGCUUGCUGUUUAAGCUGUUUUGAACCCCCGCCGGCCGCUCGGACCGGACCGGACCGACAGCGUCGCCCCCCUUUUCAACAGAGCCGCUGCUGUAAUUAGGACUUCUCUGUUGUAACCAUGACAAUUUCCUUUCGAUCGCGCCGUCGCGGCACGUUUUCAAUGUACAAGUAAUUCCUAGCUUAGCAACCAGAUUUCAUGCAA